AUGUACUUUAAGUGGUUACUGUUACUAACACUCGCAGCAAACGACUGCUCCACGCAGGACGAAGACGGCCCCUACUUUGGCAAAUACAUAGGCAAACUCAACUCCUACCACCAUCAAGUGUCAGGUGAUGUGUAUGCUGUCGAUGAAUGGACAGUUCUAUUGGUGAAUUUCAAUUAUGACGGGACAGGAGAUGACACAUUCUUCUGGGCUGGUGAAUCAGAACGACCCGGGCCUCAAGGGUUUAUAGUGCCCGACCAAAAUGGCAAAACGAAUAUUCUGGAACGAUAUUACAAUGUGGAUGUCCGUCUUACACUGCCGGAGGGCAAACGAAUCACUCGAAUAAAAUGGCUGGCGGUGUACGACAUCGGCUCUCAGAACGCGUUCGGGGACGUUUACAUACCGGACGACUUCGAGGCGCCCGCGGAGAGGAGCAUCGGCCCACUCAUAGGAGACAGUCUCGUCACCAGCCAGUCCGUGAGAGUCGUGGAUGCAGUCACUAUCGUAAUUCCAGAGUUUAAAUACGACGGCAGCGGCGAAGAGGUAUAUUUCUGGGCAGGCGUGGGGCCGCAACCCUCCGCGCGAGGAUUCCAGGUGCCAGAUGAGUAUGGAUAUUUGGAGCCGCUGCAGGCGUACAAGGGCGAGGACGUGCGGCUGGAGCUGCCCGGCGGCAAGACGGUGUUCGACAUCAAGUGGGUGAGCGUGUGGGACGCCGCCGCCGGACGGUCGCUGGCCUCCGCGCUCGUGCCGGACGCGCUGGUCGUGCCGCCCGCGCACACGCGCCCGCACGGCUACCGGACGGCGCUGCCGCACUGCCGGCAGCUGCACCGCGACCUGCAGGUGUCGUGGGAGGUGUUCGGCGGCCAGGUCACCGUCGAGCUCGCCGGCAAGCUGCGCGCGGACGAGUACAUGGCGUUCGGGCUGUCGGGCAGCGCGGAGGGCUCGCGCAUGCUGGACGCGGACGUGGCCGUGGCGCAGUACAGCGCGGCGCUGCAGCGGCCCGUGGCGGCCGACUACGGGGCCAGCGAGCGCGCGCCGUGCCUGCUCGUGCUGGGCCGCUGGCGGGGCGUGUGCCGCGACUCGGCAGUGGGCGGCCAAGACUCGCUGCAGGUGCUGGCGGGCAGCGUGCAGGACCGCCUCACGCGCGUCUCCUACCGCCGCCAGCUGCAGCCCGUUGCAAACGGAAGCACACCUUUCCCCAUCACCACCGCCAUCGCUCAUUUUUUGGCUGUCGUGGGAAGAUAUCAAAAUAUGAUAUACAUCUGA